CCAACACAAGCCUCCUGGAAAGACCCGACACCACCCGAUGAGUUUUCUGAGUCACACAUGGAGGACGCGUCGGCUCUGAAUGGAGAGAAAGAUGGAGUCUAUGGUAGCAAAGAUCAAUCGGUGAAAUGCAGCUCAAAACUGCUGCAGAUGCUGAAGGCAGCGGAGAGCAGGAGGAUAGGUCAGGGUCGGGACAGAGACGAGGCCGAGAUGUCUGAUUUUGGGUCAGUAGAGCUGGUGACCGAGGCUCUGAAGACAGACAUGCAAAUCCAGUUCACCGACCAGAAGCAAGAAUUCAACAAACGUCCCACCAAGACUGCCCUCCGCUCCCUGUCUCGCUCUAUCUCUCAGUCGUCCGCAGACAGCUUCAGCUCAGCAUGCAGUGACAGCUCCGAGGAGGAGGCUACUCCCAGAGAGAAGAGUCAGAGCAGCUCGAGCAGCCUUUCUGACUUCUGCAUCAAAAACAUCAAACAGGCUGCCUUUGGACGCAGAGAGAUAGAGAUCGCACAGCAAGAAAUGCCGGCUCUGAUGGUCCUAAGAAAACGAGCAGGUGGGGAGAAACCUCUGGCUGGAGCUAAAGUGGUGGGCUGCACACACAUCACUGCACAGACGGCGGUGUUGAUUGAGACCCUGUCUGUGUUGGGAGCUCAGUGUCGCUGGGCCGCUUGUAACAUCUUCUCCACUCAGAACGCCGUGGCUGCUGCUCUGGCUGAACGAGGCACCUCAGUGUUUGCAUGGAGAGGAGAAUCAGAGGAUGACUUCUGGUGGUGUAUCGACCAAUGUGUGGCUGCAGAGACAUGGCAACCCAACAUGAUUCUGGAUGAUGGAGGCGACCUGACCCACUGGAUCUAUAAGAAGUACCCAAGUCUGUUCAGGAAGAUCAGAGGCAUCGUGGAGGAGAGUGUUACAGGCAUUUUUCGGUUGUACCAGCUGUCAAAGGCAGGUAGACUGUGCGUCCCGGCCAUGAACGUGAACGACUCGGUGACCAAGCAGAAGUUUGACAACCUUUACUGCUGCAAGGAGUCCAUUCUGGACGGGCUGAAGCGAACAACUGACGUCAUGUUUGGAGGAAAACAGGUGGUGGUGUGCGGAUAUGGGGAGGUUGGCAAAGGUUGCUGCGCUGCCCUGAAAGCACUGGGUACAGUCGUACAUGUCACAGAAGUGGAUCCCAUUUGUGCCCUUCAGGCCUGCAUGGAUGGCUUCAGAGUGGUUAAACUGAGUGAAGUGUUACGGCAGGCAGACAUGGUCAUCACCUGCACAGGCAACAAAAACGUGGUGAUUCGGGAACAUCUGGACAAGAUGAAAAAUGGCUGCAUUGUGUGCAACAUGGGACACUCCAGCGUAGAGAUAGAUUUGGAAAGUCUGCGGACUGCGGAGCUGAGGUGGCAGCGUGUGAGGCCUCAGGUGGACCAUGUGAUCUGGCCUGAUGGCAAGAGGAUUGUCCUGCUAGCUGAGGGUCGUUUGCUUAAUCUGAGCUGCUCCACGGUGCCGUCACUCGUCCUCUCCAUCACUGCUACGACUCAGGCUCUGGCUCUCAUAGAGCUCUACAGCGCUCCAGAGGGACGAUACAAGCAGGACGUGUACCUGCUGCCAAAGAAGAUGGAUGAGUUUGUGGCCAGCCUGCACCUGCCGACCUUUGAAGCCCACCUCACUGAGCUGACUGAAGAACAAGCCAAGUAUCUGGGCAUCAGCAAACAUGGACCCUUCAAACCAAACUACUACAGGUGGGGACAAGAUGUCUGA